GAACACACGUUUAAUUUCAUACACCCUUACGUUUUUACACGAACAUGUAGUUAAUGUGUAGCAAAUGUUUAGUUACUUGCCAUGUAAAAAUAGACAUUUUUGUUGACCUUUUUUGUUUUAUUUUGUAAAAGGAGUCCUUAAGUGAAAAAAUUGAUUCAUCAAUCGGAUAAAAUUAUAUGUUAAGCGCUGCCCAUUGGCAGCGUCUGUUUGUGUACGCCAAGACGCGAAUUGGCCGAUAAACGCGAUGAAUGUUGAAACUCUAGAAUUCAAAUUACAAGAACAAACAUUUGCUGAACGCGCAAAUGCUGAAAAGUUGAAACAUGUUAGUAAUACUAAAAGCAAGCACGCAAGCACGAAACCUGAAUAGUACCAUAGUGAUAUAAUAUACAUACAUAUGUAUGUAAAUGCAUGCAUAUGUGUGUAAUUGUUUGCUAAUCGUUGAAACUGGAAAACAAACAUUAAACUCACUUACCUAAGCCUUUACAUACCACAGCCAACACGUCAAGAUGGCCGUGCAACUGAAGCAUAAUUACCACCACCUGCCAUUGACUAUCACGCCGAUCCUGUGCCAGCCAGUGCUGAAGCCGGCUCCUAUGCCACCGAAGCCGGAGGCCCCCGACCUAACGUUCCACUGUAUGUGCUGCUCGGAGUACUUUGUGCAUCCCCUGGCCCUGUAUCAGCACAUGAACAGUCGGCAUCCAAACGAGCCAGCGCAAGAUCAGAAGCCAGGGGAGUCCCAGGAACAGCAGGCGGAGGAGGGCGAGGACUAUAGUUGGAUAUUCGAGCCAGUCUGCGAGCUGGAGGAACAAGAGCAGCAGUCACAGGCUGCCAGUAACGACAGCGACUCGUCGGACGACGACGACAGCGACGAAGAUGACAGCUCCGAUGAUGAUGACGACAGCAGCUCCAGUUCCAGCUCCAGCAAUUCCUCCAGCUCGACCAGCUCCAUGCCUAGUUCCACCAGCAACUCCAACACCCAGCAGAGUCAGAGUCAAUUGGAGUCUGCGCACCCCAUGAGGUGCUUGCUUGCCGGACCGCAUCCAAACGAAUUCCAUCUGCAAAUGGCAGAUUCUCGGGAGUCUACUUCGAUUAUUCUACUGCAACCCUCCAUGAGUAUAACCCCUCUCAGUACUCCCGUGAGCCAUCCCAAUCCGCAUCUCCAUACGCCACCACCUCCGCUUCCCCCCAUGAGCAUCUCCCUGGAGCCUGCCCCUAUCAAACGCCGGCGCGGUCGUCGCAGCAAGGCGAACAAUCCUAUGCUGGACUCUGCAAUGGCCGCGAACCCAGCGGCGCAGAAAUGCUUUCAGUGCUCCCAUUGCGAGGCCAGCUUUCCCAAUGCUGGCGAUCUCUCCAAGCACGUGCGAUCCCACAUCACCAACAAGCCCUUCCAAUGCUCAAUAUGCCAAAAGACCUUCACCCACAUUGGCAGUCUCAACACACACAUAAGGAUCCACAGCGGAGAGAAGCCGUACAAGUGCGAGCUCUGUCCGAAGGCGUUCACCCAGUCCAGCAGCCUGAUGGUCCACAUGCGAUCCCAUGCCGUGCGCAAGCCGCAUCAGUGCGUGCAAUGCGACAAGGGAUUCGUGAACUACACCUCGCUCCUGCUGCAUCAGAAGACGCACACGGCGCCAACGGAGACGUUUGCCUGUCCGGAGUGCGAGAGGGAGUUCAAAGCGGAGGCGUUGCUGGACGAGCACAUGAGAAUGCACACCCAGGAACUGGUUUACCAGUGCGCCAUUUGCCGCGAGGCCUUUCGCGUCAGCUCCGAGCUAGUCCAGCAUAUGAAAAACCAUAUGGGCGAGAAGCCGUUCACGUGCUCCCUCUGCGAUCGCUCCUUCACCCAGUCGGGCAGCCUCAACAUACACAUGCGCAUUCACACCGGCGAGAAGCCCUUCCAGUGCAAGUUGUGCGACAAAUGCUUCACGCAGGCCUCUAGCCUCAGCGUCCACAUGAAGAUACAUGCUGGCGAGAAGCCCUUUCCCUGCCACAUCUGCGGCAAGUCCUACAGCCAGCAGGCAUAUCUGAAUAAGCACAUCCAGAGCCACAAUCGAGCAGACACAGUCCCAGGGGUGACCUCUGCGCCGGUGCCCAUACAGCGACACGAGACACUGGUGUGCAUUGUCUGCGGGUCGUUGCAUGCCGACGCAACCGCCCUGGCCUUGCACGUGACCAGCCAGCAUGCGGCUCUUUUGGACAACAUAAAGCACACUGCGAUGCCAACACCAGCUCCGUUGGAUGGCAAGUGCAGCCAGAUGCAGCAGCAGGCUUACAUGCAGCGCGUUCAGUCGAUGCUACAGCAGAUGAACCAGCAGCAGCAGCAGCUGCCAGCCAUGGACUCCACUGGGGAGGACGAGGAGGAUCCCGAGGAGGAGGAAGAUCUCGAAGAGGAGGAGGAGGAGGAGGAAGACGUAGACGAGCCAGAGUCGCUGCCAGAGGCCGAUGAUUGCGAGCCCAGUGUUUCUGCUUCCGAACAAGAGACCGUUAUGGACUCGGACAUGUAUUACGAGGAGUUUGCCGACAUGGACGUGGGCUGCCAGGAGGAGGUGUGCGGCGACUAUGUCGAUAAUGAGGAAGAGGUCUACACCGAGGAGUUCAUCUAAAUAUAAGUUGCUUACCGUUUUGGCCAUCGACUUUAAUUGUCCCGCAUAUUUAUAUUUACAAGGAAUGUGGAUCGGCUCGCGAAUUGUCUACUCGGCAGAUCUUAUCACAUUUUAGGAUCCAAUUCUCGAUUCUCGAGCCUCGAGCCGUUUGCAUUCCACGCCUUAUCACAUUUUGCUCAUCAUUAUCUUGUAUUUUUAAGUGGAGUCGUUAUUUAUUUGAAUCUACCAGAAACUUGUUCUGUAUCUAGUACUAGUAAAACAUCUCAUGUUUGUCCAUCCUCCCUCUGGUAGCAGGUGCCACUUUUCAUAUCAACUAAGAAUUACAUUACCCAGAGUCUAGAACACUCCUGUCCUGGGAUGGAUGGAUGCAUUGCAUUGUAUUGCACAUUAUCUUGUAAAGGUAUUACAUUUUGUUAGUAUUAAGACUACUCUAAAGUAAGAGAAAGAGUAAGAGUAAGAGUACGCUGCUCAUUUAGGCGCGUCUCCUAAAUGAUGUUCCCCAUUCCCGAUCACCACGUUGAGCUACAAACUGAAAGCUUCGACAAUUCCACUCUGCAUAAUUCCCAAUCCAAUAUACAUACAUAUAUAUGUAAAGUCGCCUUGGAGCACACCCUGAAGAGAUUACAUUAAUCGUUACUG